UCACUGGUGGCUGACGAUGUCAAACCGCGAGCCGUUUCGUUACGAAGACAGGUAAUGGUUUCGUUAAUCUUAUGUGCAGCUAUUGUGACUCUACAUUUGAGAACAUAAAAGACACAGUGUGUCAUUGUGUUGAGGAUCUCCCGGCAGAAAAGGUGUCCUACAUGUGGAAGUCGAUUGAUGGGAGGAGUAAUCUCCAAAGGACAUACAAUGUAUUGGGGUCUAAUGUUACCGGCAAAGAAAUCAGUUUUGAUCCCCAAUCUGGGAAAAUGAUAGUACCUACCAAAUCUUUAGCCAGCGACAGCCCAGUUCGAAAACUACACAAAAUCAACACACCAUCAAAAUCAGUUCAUCGUCAAUUAUAUUCACAAUUAGAAGUCGACCAAGAACAUGUCGAAAACUUAUCUUCAACUGAGGCAACUGAUUCAGUUGCUGAUUUAUCGGAACUGUUGGACACCACAGUGUUAUAUUCGGAUUCAGAGCCCGACAUUGAGGAGUAUGAACUAAUGGAAAAUGCAAAUGACAUCCCUGAUGACGUAAUGGCGGACACACAAACUGUACAAAUGGUAGUUCAGCAACUUAAAACGUUAUUGCCGUCUGUUACCACUCAUUUAGCUGAUUGUGGUCGUUUACAUGAAUGGAUGAAUUUCUUUCAUUUGAUUGACUCUGGAGAUUUGAGUGUAAAGCACAUUGCGGCCCAGUUGUUUCUAGAUGUCAUAAAGUUUUCAAGCCUAGAAGAUGUGCGGCUAAUGAGAUACACUCCUGAAGUGAGACAGUUUUGGACAGUCGGACAGGCGCUGUUUAAAUCUAAGUUUCUGCGAUUCAUGGGAGGAUACAAGGUGUUUUCAGGAGCAAUUGAGCAUGGAGACAGUGACAAUAAAUCAAUGACAAAGUCUGAUAUUAACAUGAUAAAUUUUGUUUGUCCAAACAAGGAUGUAUUAAAGGAAGAGAGAAAGAAUUACGCGCUGGACUGCAGCACCCCAGGGAUUAUACAUUCAAAUAUACAGGCUGUAUAAAACCUAGACAUAUUCUGUUGAUGUCUUCAAUAGAAAACACAUACACCUUCAGUUGAAAACCCAUACCUAAUGCAGUGACUUCGAGAGAAAACUCAUACUCAUUUCUUAUAAACACGACCGAGUAUUAAAGGCAUUUUUUUUGUAGGAAUAGAGGCAUAAAAUCAAAUGAAAAACAUGUACAGUCGAAAAAUAUGUUGAACUCGUUUUCAAAAGCUGAAAGUUUAAGCACAAUAAUUACAUUUAAUAACGGAUGCUUGUGCUUAUCAUGAAUUUGCUGUAUAAAACCACACAUUCAAAAAGAAACUGUCUGAUUUUAUUCAACACACGAUCAAACAACUGCAAAUUAGUCAUAUGUUUGCUUUGCUAACAAUUGAUAAAGAUUUACAGCUAACGUUUCACACAAAUACUCUUACCUUUAUAUGCACAGUUAUGAAUUCCAGUAACACAGGGGUGUGUGAGGCGUGUAUGUAAACAAAUACUCACAACGAAACCAUUACCUGUCUUCGUAACGAAACGGCUCGCGGUUUGACAUCGUCAGCCACCAGUGUAACUGCAAUCGUGUGAACGAGGAUCUCACAUUUUUCGCUGAACUUACAUGAUAUGGACCUUUAAAAAUAAGAUGUGAGUAGGCUACUUAGUGACCAGCCAUCUCGGACAGAGCUUACAGCUUGCAGUGAUCGAGGACGUUGCAAGCAAUUAAACGGAUGCAGUGUUAAUAUCAACCGGUGGGCAUAGUUUUUAUCUCCCUUUAGUUUUUACACAAAGAAAUAAGAUAGAACGGAUUGUAACUCACGCCAGGAUAUUAACGCUCAAAACAUCAGCGUUUUAAAUUGACAUUCACACUGCAUAUUGAUAGAAUGAACAUAAGAUUAAGUUUUUUUCACCAACUGGAAAUCAUCGCAAAUAUUGUGCAGAUGCUGUACCUCAAUCAUUUCUUGUUAUAAAGAAAUCGGCAACAGUAAAAUUCUGUUAUCAAAGAAGCCUAAAAUGUAGCAAUAUAUACAAAGAUCUUUU